AUGACAAUUCAGGAUACCCCAGCAUUCCCAGAUGAUGUCCUAUUUAGGAGGCUAAUCAAUAUCGCAGUCGAAAGAGACAGCAAAACCAUUGUUGAUGAUUAUAGUACUGGCACACAGUUCGGCUAUCGUCAAAUCCUCCACGGGAUUGCGAAGCUUCAACAGACGUUGCAAGGACUCCUGCAUCGAUCUGAAUCUCGGAAGCCUGGUAGCAUCUACGUUGCUCUGCUUGCGCCAAAUGGAUAUGAGUUUAUCGUUGGAGUCAUCGCCGUUCUGGCGGUCGGUGGAGUGGUUGUUCCAAUGCCGACCGGUGCGCUGCCCGCCGAAGCAGCGUAUAUCAUCCAACAGUGCAAUGCGCAGGUCAUGAUUGUUAGCAGAGAGCUUACUGACUCUGCGACGCAAAUUCAACAAGAAGUUAAGAUUCCAUCGAUCAGUAUUGAAGGCAACACCCAUACCGCGACUCAUCUCCCUCCCGCUAAAUCCUACCGACUCGACCCCACGCUUGCAGUAUCCGAAGAGACUCCGAGUAUUUUGUUCUUUACCUCGGGGACGACUGGCCCCCCAAAGGGUGUCCUCCAUUCCCGUCGCACGAUCAAUAAGUAUGCCCGUAUGGAGACAGAGCCAGCGACGAACGACGAGAUCUGCAUAAUUCCGAGAGGAGCAUUUUGGUCGAUUUAUUUCACAAAGCUGUUCCAGAUGCUUCUCGCUGGGGUGCGCGUUGAGAUUCAGAACUUUGGACGCAAUUACAAUCUCAUUUGGGACAGGCUUCGGGAACAGGCGGGAACGAAGAUCGUUUUGUCUCCUACCUUUUGGUAUGGUAUGAUGUUGCACUAUGAAAGUCAUAUAUCGAAGUUGCCAGAGAAGAUGAUUCAAGACUACAUUGACGGUGUGCGAUAUCUGCGAGACGCGUGUGCUACGGGCGCCAUGCCUUCAAGUCGGGUCAAGCAGUUCUGGCAGGAAAUGCGCGGUGGAAAGCCACUGAAGGUGCUCUACGGGUCUACGGAAACGCAGGAGAUAGCUAUGUGGGAUGGGGCAAUAGGGAGCGAAGAGGCUGACUUGGGAACCCCCUUUCCGCAUGUGACUAUGAAGCUGUCCGAGGGGGAUCAAGGGGAGCUUCUUGUCAAGACUCCAUCUAUGUUCCUUGGGUACUUGAACUCUCCUGAUGCUACGGCAAAGCGCCUGGAUGCAGAAGGGUUCUUCAGAACGGGCGACCUAGCAACCCUAGAAGAUGGUCGAUUUAUAUUCAAAGGAAGAGCAAACAUGGAUUUGUUCAAAUUCUUUACUUACAAAGUUCCUCGAAUGGAGGUCGAAGCUAAGCUAACCGCACUGCCUUACGUGUCGGAGGGAUAUAUCUUGCCAGUCCAAGAUCCACAGUGCGAUACCCGAACAGCUGCACUUGUACGAUUCCGUGAUGGCUACGAUAAGAUCGACUUGGGCUCUCUGCGGAGAGAUCUAGCCCACGACCUACCAGCUUAUCAAUUGCCUACCGUGCUGAGAAAUUUGAGGGAGGAUGAAACUGUGCCACGAACAUGGUCUGAUAAGACAGCCAUGAUGAAGGUAAUCCAGAUGUUCUUCCCACAAGACACCGAGGACAAGAUUUGCGGCGAUGCGACGGAAGUGAUGGAUGUUAGCGGUUUCAUGAAAAUGAAAACCACAAAGUUAUGGGAAUUGUCCGGAAUCCGAUAG